CCAUACCGGAAGAGGUUUUCUGACUGUUUACACCAGCUCAGCUUUCGCUCCAACUUAGCGUCACUGCUCUAGAAAGCAGUAAAAUACAUUUCUGUAGUUUUGAAAAAUACUUGUCAAAGACUGAUAUAAAUAAGAUCGCUGUUCCACUUUUAGCAUGCGGCUCUGCAGGCGGGAAAGCCGCGGACAAGUGUAGCGAUGACGAGCUGGCUCACAUCGUCGCUAAGUCAAAGUUAGCCAGAGCGGCGGCAGCUAAUUUCAGAAACACUGCUGUGACAUUUAGAGGUGGUGGUGGGGGUCUCAGGUGUUUCCACUCCCCAGUAACAGGUGUGGAUGUUUACAUGUGCGGGGACACACUGUGAUUUACGCACGUCCCCCUACCAGCCUGUCAAGGAGCGCCGCCGCCGCCGCCAUGGGCGCGGAGAACAGCGCGGCGCGGGGCUGCUCUCUGAUGGGGGAGCCGCUCCUCACGCUGCCGUCGGGACUCACCACCUACUCCGCGGUCCUCCAGGACGGGAAGCCCGCGACCGUCUUCGUCCACCGAGCGGGCAACGAAGACAAAGUCAAGAAAGCAGCGAAGCAUCUGAAGACGCUGAGGCAUCCGUGUCUGCUGCGCUUCCUGUCCUGCUCCGUGCAGGCCGGCGCCAUUCACCUGGUAACGGAGCGCGUGCAGCCGCUGCAGCUGCUGCUCGACAGCCUCUCUCCAGAGGAAAUCUGUGCAGGCAUCUUUGACCUCCUGCAGGCGCUGGUCUUUCUGCAUGAGAGGGGGAAGUCCAGCCACAACAACGUCUGCAUUUCAUCCGUGUUCGUCAACGAGGAUGGCCACUGGAAACUAGGCGGAAUGGAGGCCGUGUGUAAAUUCUCUGAAGCAACCCCAGAGUUCCUCCAGAGCUUCCAAAAAGCACGGGAAGCCAGCUGCAUUCCCCCAGAAGAGCAGGCAGAGGGCUUUAAAACGCUCCCGGACAAACACGGCCACGCUCGGGACUGCUACUCCUUUGGAGUGAUGAUGGAGGCCCUCGUUCCUCUCCUGAACGGUUACGUUUCCCAGGAGCUCUCUGAGGGCCUAACCAGAACUCUGCAGGCAGGUCCACUAAACUCUGACCCCGUGGCUCGACCGCCUCUCAGCUCCUUGCUGACUCAUGACUUUUUCCGGAAUGACUUUCUGGAAGUGAUGAACUUCCUAAAAAGUCUGACCGUAAAGACAGAAGAGGAGAAAAAUGAGUUCUUCAAGUUUCUCCUGGACCGGGUCCAGAGUCUUCCUGAAGAACUCAUAGCCACACGCCUUGCUCCCAAACUCCUCAACUCCCUGGUGUUUGCAGAACCCAUGGCUGUCAAGAGCUUCCUGCCUCAUUUGCUCAGGCCGAAGAUGGAUCCCUCCAGAGGAGGCAGCCAUGAAGACUGCUUGCUGUCUGCGUCUCUCUACCGGAAACACGUUCUUCCUCAGCUCCUCAAACUCUACAAAGUCAAAGAGGAGCACGUCCGCUUUGUGCUGCUGGCCCACAUCCACAUCUACGCCGAGUUCUUCUCCCAGGACGAGCUCAGAAACCAGAUCUUACCUCAGGUUCUGUUAGGAAUGAGGGACACCAACGAUUCGCUGGUCGCCAUGACGCUGCAGAGUCUGGCUGUGUUGGUGCCUUUGCUGGGGGCUCAAGUGGUUGUUGGUGGAGAGAGAACCAAGGUCUUCAAACGCACCACGCCCGGAUUUAACAAGUCAACAGACGUCACCCCUGAAACUUCCCCUGUUCACAUCGUUGGAGACGCUCACCCCCAGAUGGCGCAGCCCUCCAAAGCAUUACAUUUGUUCCCGAGGCCGUCGGAAGCUUCAGACUCGGGUGGGAACCUGGAGAUGCAGGGUGGGACUGCUCCACCUCCAGACGGCAGCAGACACGUGUCUCUAGCUCUGAACGGCUUUCAUCACGAGAACUUUAGGUCGUUGUCCUGCAGGCCAGAGCAGGUGGAGAGACAGCAGCCCUCCGUGGAAGACUGGCCUGACUGGAGCGACCAGGAGGAGGGUCAAAGUAAGGACGGCCAGUCAGUCCAGAUCCACAUUGACGCGUCCCAAAAGGCUGAUUCUGGAAGCAGAGUCGUCGCUUACGAAGAUAAAGGGGAGCAGCCAUGGGGGACGGUGAAUUCAUCGGAUGCGUUUCUGGGUUCAAGAGAGAGCAGAUCUGCAAAGCAGGAGCCCCAAAGACCCCGAGCGAACUCCUCCAAACCUCUCAAGCUUAGUUCGGCACAGUCCACCCAGAGCAGGAGAACGUCCUCCUGUGAUGACGCCUGGACUCAAGAGGACUGUCAACAACCACAGAACUCAGGGUUCAAACCCGCAGCCACCAAAAUCAAAGGCGGCGUGGGUCUUGGAGAGGAGUUUACCAUCAAGGUGAAGAAAACUGUGAAGCAAGACCCGGAGAUGGAUUUGUUUGCAGACAUGGUGCCAGACAUCAAGCUGACGUCUCCAGCUCUACUGCCGUUUGAGGAGAACCUUAAGGGCCCGGGGCCUCCUGCAGAACCCGCUAAACCUCUGCAGGUGGAUUCAUCCAUCAGUGCUGUGAUGCUCACGGCUAAGUUUGCAGCAGCUGACCUCCCCGAGAAUGAAACGGAUGGCUGGGGAGACGGAGAUGACUUGAACUGGGGGGAUGAAAAUGCCUGGUGAUGAAACGUCAUGUGGACAAACUCUCCACCACUGGAAGACUCGAGUCCAGGCAGCACGUCUGGACUAGUUCUUCCCCAAAGAGCAGGAAAAUUGGAGAAAGCCACUCCUUUACUAAGAUGCAGUAAGAAACUACAUGGCUGGGAGGGGCUGCUUCUUUUCUAAUAGGUUCAGAUGUUUCUCAUCAUAUUUAUUGUGGGUCCUUCCUUGGAUAUCGAUGCAUCGCCUGUUUGUCAGAUGGUGCUAGACUUUUGACAGACAUCUUUCAUGUUUGCCAAUCAACAUUUAUCACCUUACGAUGAUUGAAGAUCUUUUUAUUUUCUUAAUGUGCCAACUCCAAUCCUUUGGUUUUUUUUAGGCUCAAUGGAAACUUUUGACAGGAUCUGUUUUUGGAAAAGUGGAGUUCGACUUGAAGGCUUGCACUUUGAAUGAAUGUAAACUAGAAAUGUCAUAACUUAUUUGAGCUGGUUCGGUUGCUGAUUAAAUAAAGAUUUUAUUGUA